CAGGAAGAACAUAAAAAAAUUUGGCGAGCUAGUCAAGGCUUCGAUUUUUUUUCUCUUCUCCUUCUUCCUUUUACUCGGGAAGAAGAACAUUGUUCAAUUCGUCGACAGGUCAAUUUCAUUUCUCGACGUCGUCUUCAACCUCACCUCUCCAAGCCUUUUGUACUCUCUGUAGUCAAGAUGCCGUCGCUUAACGGUUCAACUUCUGUCAACGGCAGUUCUAAGUUCUUGGACCCUUCUAGUGCCCUCGAGACGCUGAAGGAGUAUCAAUCUCGCGAUGGCCUUGGUAUUGAAGAUCUUAUUGAUACCAAGCAGCGUGGUGGCUUGACGUACAACGAUUUCUUAAUCUUACCUGGUUACAUUGGCUUCCCUGCCUCAGAAGUCGUACUUGACUCCCCUAUCACCAAGAGAAUCACGCUGAAGACUCCUUUCGUCUCAUCGCCUAUGGAUACCGUUACUGAGCAUGAGAUGGCCAUUCACAUGGCUCUACAGGGUGGCCUUGGUGUUAUCCACCACAAUUGUUCACCAGAUGCUCAAGCCGAGAUGGUGAGGAAGGUCAAGAGAUACGAAAACGGCUUCAUUGUCGACCCUGUUGUCAUCAGCAAAGAGACCACUGUCGAAGAAGCCAAAGCCCUUAAAGAGAAAUGGGGAUUCGGUGGUUUCCCUGUUACUGAAUCAGGCAAGCUUGGAACCAAACUUCUGGGCAUCGUUACGAACCGCGAUCUUCAAUUCGAGGAUGACCUCAGCCAAACGGUCGACAAGGUCAUGGUGACCGACCUGGUCACGGCCCAGUUAGGCGUCACCCUUCCUGAGGCGAACAAGAUUCUUGCCAAGUCCAGAAAGGGCAAAUUGCCUAUUGUCGACAAGGAUUUCAACCUGGUGUCCAUGAUUUCUCGUUCCGACUUGACGAAGAACCUGCACUUCCCACUUGCGUCUAAGCUCCCCGACUCGAAGCAGCUCAUCUGUGCUGCCGCGAUCGGUACCCGUCCGGAGGAUAAGAUUCGCUUGAAGAAGCUCGUUGAUGCAGGACUCGACAUUGUUGUGCUGGACAGUAGUCAGGGCAACAGUAUGUACCAGAUCGACAUGGUCAAGUGGAUCAAGCAGGAGUAUCCCGGCCUCGAUGUCAUUGGCGGAAACGUAGUGACUCGGGAACAGGCCGCAAACCUGAUUGCCGCAGGAGUCGAUGGAUUAAGAAUUGGAAUGGGUAGCGGAAGCGCUUGUAUUACACAAGAGGUUAUGGCUGUGGGUCGUCCCCAAGCAGCUGCAGUCUACUCAGUUUCCUCCUUCGCAGCAAAAUUUGGAGUGCCAUGCAUCGCUGAUGGCGGUGUCCAAAAUGUCGGCCACAUCGUCAAGGGUCUUGCUCUUGGAGCUUCGACGGUCAUGAUGGGUGGCCUACUCGCGGGCACAACUGAAUCGCCGGGCACUUCGUUUGUUUCGCGUGAAGGCAAGCUUGUCAAGGCAUAUCGUGGUAUGGGCAGCAUCGAUGCUAUGCAAGAUAAGAAGGCCGGUGCCGGCGGUAAGAAUAGCCAGGCUAGCAACGCGGGUACUGCCCGGUACUUCAGCGAGGGAGACAGCGUGCUUGUUGCUCAAGGUGUGUCUGGCGCUGUGGCGCACCGCGGAUCUGUCAGCAAGUUCGUACCAUAUCUAGCAGCGGGUUUAAAACACUCGCUGCAGGACUGCGGUAUGCGAAGCCUGAAAGAAAUGCACGAGAGUGCUGCCAACGGCUCCCUGCGAUUUGAGAUUCGCACCGCCAGCGCACAACUAGAAGGUGGCGUGAACAUGGAGAGUUACGAGAAGAAGCUCUAUGCUUAAAACGUUCGCUCAGUAUGGAAAAGGGGGGGCUGGUGGGGUGAGUAAAAGCUGGUUACCACUCAGUGGCAAAAUGGGUUGGUUGGUUGGUUGGCAUGGGACAGACGAAGAUUGGCAAUUCCGAAAUGUUCGGGACGUA